AGGGAGUCGCUUCGCGCCUCGGGCGGCACCCACUAGCCCAGCCCUAGCAACCGCGCCCCGCCCCUACUGUCUUUGGGCCCCAGCAAUUGGCUGACUCUCUUAAUCUUGGAUCAAGUAUUGGUCAGUGGGGCAGCGCUCUCGGAGCAACCGCACCCUCCUGUGAAGGUUGGUCCACACUUACCCUGGGCCCCCAGUUCUAGAAGCUAAUUGGACCUUGUGAUGUCUUCCUGAAGCUGUGUGGCGCCCUUCCCAGGAGAACAGACCCAGUGUCCUCUGGGGAGUAGUGGAGUCCCCCUCAGGAUUGGUCGACCAUGACCUCUGUAAAGGAGCAGGCGGCCAUCAGCCGGCUCCUUAGUUUUCUGCAAGAGUGGGACAACGCCGGCAAAGGCCUCCGAACUCAGAUUCUCACCACGUUCAUCGAAACCAACGAAGGCAAGACUGGCCCUGAGUUGGAGCUGGAGUUUUCCCAGGGAGCCAGUUUGUUCCUCAUACGAGUGACCACCUGGCUUAGAAUCAUCUAUAUGACUGGCUUUGAACUAGAAAAGAUCCUGAGGUCCAUUGGCAUCUUCUUAUCUGCUGUGAGCAGUAAUCGGUACCUGAUAGAAUUUCUUGAGAUUGGAGGUGUCCUAACGCUCUUGGAAAUACUUGGCCUAGAGAAGAUCAAGGAAGAGGACAAAAAGGAAUCCAUCAAGCUACUUCAGAUUGUUGCAAACACUGGCAGGAAGUACAAGGAGCUCAUCUGUGAGAGCUACGGUGUGAGAGCCAUCGCAGAAUUUCUGGCAAAGUCUAAAUCAGAAGAGACCCAGGAGGAAGUGCAGGUUCUGCUGGAUACGUUGGUUCAUGGCAAUCCCAAGUACCAGAACCAAGUAUACAAAGGCCUAAUAGCUCUGCUGCCCUGUGGGUCCCCGAAAGCCCAGCGACUGGCCCUGCAAACUCUCAAGACUGCCCAGUCAAUCGUUGGAGCGACACACCCCAGCAUCGUGGACCGUGUGCUGUCAGUCCUGAGCACUGUGCACCUGGAGGUCCAGUAUGAAGCCAUCGAGCUAAUAAAGGACCUGAUCCACUACGACGUGCGCUUGCCUCUGCUCCAGGGCCUCGUGGCUCUGCUCAUCCCACCAGUCAAGGAGACAUCCAAACUGCAGGCCAGGAUCUUCAGUGGUAGGACUCCUCUAUGGGACUGCCCCCUGGAAGUGGGAAAGGCUUCCUGGCUGACGGUCCCUCAUUCCUUCAGACUCUUCGAUUCUCCAGACCACCACCCAGCUACCAGUGUUCCUGCAGCAGGCUGCAGCUGCCAAGACCAUUGGGUAGGGCUGCAGCGGAAGAGGGUGAUUGCAGCAAGCUAAGCUGGACAAUGCAAGCCCAUGCAUUUGUCUGCCUCCUGCAUGCUAGGAUUAAAGGCGUAUCA